AUGUUAGGGAAUUUAUUGAUAACGAUUGGUACUGUCGUGUUUCUAAAUAAUCGUAGCUACAGUGCGUAGCUCCAUCUAGGAGCGUCGGCUACCGACGUCCGCCGCGGCGGCGACAGAGUCAACAUCCGGCGACGCAGAGAUGCGCACGUUUCGGCGCUCGCCGAGGGAAAAGGGACGCCGCGGUCGUGACUUCGGGACAUGAGAGCGACGAUGAAGAAGCCCGCCAGCCUGCACAGCAGCACCUGAGGAGCACGCUUGCUUCCAUCAGUACUUGUCCAACGAGGAAUUCGGCCGGCUCACUUCGGAUUUACGCAGAGGCCCGGUCUUUAGGACCCGUGAAGCACAUCAUUCCGAAACGCGGCCGAGAGAGGCUAACUUUUUCCACCAACGAGAGCCAUGUCAUCAGGUGCAGGUUCCAGUGGAACUGGCCGGGGGCGUGGUUCAUCACUGGCAGACAAUAAGCCAGAGAGCAAAGAAGCGAAGCCUAAUCCAAAGAUGUCGAAAGCUUUAGGAACUUCCGCCAAAAGUGCAGGACCUAAGGGAGACAAUUUAUAUGAAUGGGUAUCAACAAUACUUGGACCUCCAGGUUCAGUUUAUGAGGGAGGAGUAUUUUUUUUAGAUAUACACUUCUCUCCAGAAUAUCCAUUUAAACCUCCAAAGGUUACAUUCCGAACACGUAUCUAUCAUUGUAACAUCAAUAGUCAGGGUGUAAUUUGUUUAGAUAUUUUAAAGGACAAUUGGUCUCCUGCGUUAACCAUUUCAAAGGUUCUAUUGUCCAUCUGUUCUCUUUUAACAGACUGUAAUCCAGCGGAUCCUUUAGUAGGAAGUAUAGCAACACAGUAUCUACAAAAUAGAGAAGAGCAUGAUCGCAUAGCACGGCUUUGGACUAAACGUUAUGCUACAUGAAUGACAUUUUGAAGAAAAAAAAAAAAGAAACUGAUCUCCUUGUUCUUUCAAAGCGAACUUAAGGGAGCCCGUUUAACUACAUUAAAAUUUUGAUUAUUCGGACAUUGAUCAAUUAUUUUUGAUAAAUUAAUAAGAAUAAUUACAAAUUUUUUUUUAAUUAAUCGAACGUAGGUUUAAAUUUGUUUUAAUGUGGUAUUUUUCUUUAAGCUAUAUUUCAAUUAAAAUUAUUUGUCAUGGUUUAGAAUAUUGUUACGUUAAUCAUAUAUACAUAUAUUUUCAUUGGUAAAUUGUGAUUAUUUUGCAGACUUAUUAUUUCACUAGUCAGCAUUAAGGAAAAUUACCUUACAUUAAUGAAAGCUAAAUAGCUAACAAAGAUGUUCGAUUACUCGAAGAAAUAUUACGAAAAGUGCUUGAUAAUUUUUUUUGUUUAUGUUUAAAGUACAUUUCUUGAUAAAUAUAAUUAGUGACUAUAAAUGAUCAUUCGAAUAAUCACAAUUCAGGUUCUCUGCACCUUCGAAAACUUAUCGUAUGUAUAUGUAUAUCUAUCGAAGGAUUGCUUUAAAUGAAAGACUCUUUAAGAUCGUCGAUACGAUCAUUGUGAUGUGCUUUUAUAUCGAGUAUGUAAAUGUGCCUAAGAUGAAUGAAUGUGCGUGCAUGUGCUACCUUGCUAACUCUCAUUUUCACCCCGCAGCUCUUGAAAUAUUUAUAUCUUCCAAAAUGUAUUCUUGUGAAUACUGAUGAUGCCAUUAAAAUAUACAUUUAGCCCUAACAUUUAAUCUUAAAUAAUUUUGCCAUUUCAUUGAUCUUUAUGAAGAUAUUUUUUUUUUUAGAAUAAAUUUGUAUAAAAAAUACGUGCAUCAAUUCGACUCAAAGUUUUAUAGUAGAAUUCUUUUGAGCAGUAAAUUUUUACAUAACAAUACAUUUGAUGACUGAUAUUAACAAUUGAUAUUAGUAUAGCGUAUUUAAUUCAAGAAAAUAGUUUUUAUUCUAAAAUAUAAAUCUUUACUCUCACACUAUACAAAUCUUUUUUUCAAAGUAAAGAUUAUUGUACAAUGUCUUCCAAAAUUAGAAGUGAUUUAUUUUUCAAGAUAAAACAACAGAUUGGAGUUAUGCAUUUAUAUAAUAUAUAUUUUCGUAAUUACAAUAAAAAUCUCUUAGGUUUUUAGAUUUUCUUAAAAGUGCGGCAAAAGGGUGAAAAAGUGAAAGUGAGGGCUUUUCUGUCUUUUCCUUUUUCCUUCGUUUCUUUUAUUUGCUCGUUUUAAAAAUUGCGAUAGUAUUUAAAGUGGUAUGUCCAUUGAGAGUAUCGAAUAAUAUUAAUAGGUUAGGCAAUAUUAUGAACAAUACAAAUAAUCUGACUUGUAAGUAAUUAGGCUGGUAGUUAUCGUAAGGGUCCCUUUAAGAUUUCGAAUUGUUCAUAUAAUUGAUUAUCGAAAUUAAUUUCUACUUGAUCAUAUUUCAUUCCAUCGAGAUAAGAAAAAAGAAUGCAUACUAGGAAGAGAUUUUUUACAUAAAUUUCAAUCCAUUUAUUCGGUAACAAUAACGCCUAUGAAAAACUAAAUUUUGAUAAUACUGUUGUAAAUGUAAUAUAUAUCAAUGCGCCUUUCAAGAUGGUUUUAAUCGGGCCCAUAAAAAUUUAAAUCGCUGUAAGUGUAAAUAAACAUAAUUUUCUCUAUGUUAACAAUAUAAAAAUUCAUAGUCCAUGGAUCCCAUGAAAUUUGUAUUGAUUGCAUUAACAAAUAAUUCAAGAAAUCCUUGAAUAAUUUUUCUUAUAAAAUGUUUAGAAAUGAAUGAAUGAAUUUUAAAUUUGGUAUGACCAAUUCGUAUAAUUCAUCUAAUUCAUAUAAUCAAUUAUUUAACAAAGUCAAACAUAUACCAAUUAAUUAUUAAUUAUAAAUUAAUUAUUAGUUAAAAGAUACAUUGGUAUGAAAAUUGUAUUUAUCUAUUAAUAUUGCAAAUUGAACAGUAAAAGUCUCAAAAAUUUAAACAAUUUACUGUCUUAAUUAUUUCAUUUAUUGCUUGUACAGUUUAUGUCGCAUAGAGGAAUUUUGUUUUUUAUUUGAUUGAAAUUACUGACGUUGAGAUUCUUGUAAAUAUAUUCUGUGAAAUUUUUAAUAAAAUGAUCUAUGGAUCUUUUGGACCCCAGAAAUUGUAUAUAAGUCGUACGUAGAAAUUUGCUCUUUUGUAAUUAAAUGUGAAAAAAAAGUAAAAACAUUUUUAACAAAGCGUGUUUUAUCAUACAAAUUAUGUAAAGGAAAUUGUUUAAACGAUUCUUUGAGUCAUUUAAAGAAUCGCAAAGGGAAGAGGUUCCAAUAAUUUUCAAAGUAUCCUAACAACUUUUUGUAAUUCAUGCAAAAAAUCGUUUAAACGGAUUCCUAUCCUAUUUUCUCCUGUGAAUUUCUUUUACUUUCUUUUCAACAAAUAGUUGUAAGACGCUACAAGAGAGCAUCCUAUAUGAUUAAUAAAUGUUAGUCAGCUAAUCUGAGCUGUAAGUGAAUAUAGAACAAAAUAAAAGAAGAAAAUCUGGUCGUAUAGAAUUUUUUAUUGGUCUUUAUCUUCGAGUAAUUAUUUUUAUUUUAAUUUCUUUUUAAGACAAUACUUGUUUCUUCAAAACAAAACUUGAAACACACAAGUAAUUGAAAUGCGUAAAUAUAAUUUCACGUUAAUAAUUAACAUUACAGUCAAUGAUUGGAAAUCAAUGGAAAUAAUAGUCAAUUGAGCAUACAAACGCAAUGCUUACUUAAUAUAUUUUAUUUAUAUAGAUAAAAGCUAUAUGAACAAGACGUGCUAGAGUGGUCUGCCCUUAAAGAACGUUAAUAAUAUACUAAUUAAUGAAUUAAAUUACAAGUAGAAAAAUAUUGUAAGCGACUAAAUGCCACAAAAGAAAAAAAAAAACAACUAU